UCACCAGAUUUCACUUUUUUCAUUAAUAUAAAAAUAAGGUUUUACUCAAGACCUGACAUGUGAUGGUUGAGGGUAUACAUAAGGAGUUAAUCAUUACCUUAUCAGAACUGUCUCUGAACUCUUAGAAUACAAAAAUAGAUUCAUUAUCAGUUUUAUUUAUUAUAGGUGCAUACUUUUCAAGAUUUAUGUUUCAUAUAUAUCUAUUACAGGUACCAGGUGCCAUUUAAACAGUGAAGGACUGCCUGUCAGAUGUCAAGCUUAGACUCGUCCAGAUCUUGUUCUGAGGGUGAACUCGCUUUAUUAGCGCGUGGCUUCUUCUGGCAACCAGUUGUGGCAUGUUGCCAUCGCGUCCACUCAUUUUCACAGGAAAUUACAUACCACAAUGUCCACAGAAGUCUAUAAUCGCAUACCUACUUUAAUAAACAAACAUACAUUUUAAAAACACGCAUAUUUGUGUGACAGUUUUACACAAGAUAUAAAAUUUAAAAAAAAUAAAAUAUAGGCCUACAUUAAACAUUGAAUAUAAUAUAAAUGUAAAGUAUUCUACUCCAAAAAUAAACAAAUAAUAUAAAUAAACAGGUAAAGGGAAUUUAUUUAUGUAUUGUUUUGUCGGUUUCCAUGGAAGAGAGUGCAUGUGACGUGAGCGCGCGUUAAGCGUACAGGUCUGGUUUGGAGCAUCACUGAAUGUGAGCUGCGGUCAAGCGGUGCGCACUGCAGAGCCAAAUGACGUCCAGCUCCCCCUCCCCCCUCUGUGGAUCUAAUGGGUGGAGGGAUAGAGUUAGGGAUAAGGUUUCGGUGUGGUUGGACCUUCUAGCUCCACCCAUUACGCCCAAAUCACAUCUAGAAAGGGGGAGCUGGACUUCACGCUCCAUGGUUCUGCAGGCUCUGCGGCUCUUCCAUCCAUCCCAGGAUUUGCGUCACUCCUCACCACUAAACUCCCUCAGGACUCGAUUUUUCAUUCAGACCUGUACGGGAUUACCAGUGGCAGGACCUAUUUCUGGUACUUAUUGUAAAGGAUAAAAGUGACGUGCAUUUCAACCCUUAAACGAAUAUAUUUCCUCUCAAGUGUAAGCCAAGACCUUUAGAAUGGCAGAGAAGACAUCUGAUCCUGGGUCAGUUAGUAUUCCUAUGGAGGAAAGCUUCUGUAAUGGGGGAACACAGCCCCAGGAAGCUCCACUGCUAACCCAUCUGAAGAAGGUGGAGAACCACAUUACAGAGGCACAGCGCUUCUCUCACCUGCCCAAACGCACUGCUGUGGACCUGGAGUUCAGUGACCUCUCCUACACCAUCAGAGAAGGACCAUGGUGGAAGAAACAAGGAUAUAAGGCCUUGCUCAAGUGUCUGUCGGGCAAGUUCUGCAGUCGGGAACUCAUUGGCAUUAUGGGCCCCUCUGGGGCUGGAAAGUCUACCUUGAUGAACAUCCUGGCAGGGUAUAGGGAAACAGGGAUGACUGGACAGAUCCUGGUAAAUGGAAAGCUCAGAGACCUCCGAACCUUUCGUAAAAUGUCCUGUUACAUAAUGCAGGAGGACAGAUUGCUGCCCCACUUGAAUGUUCAAGAAGCAAUGAUGGUAUCAGCCAACCUGAAGCUCAAUGAAAACACAGAGGUGAAAAAAGAGCUGAUAAAAGAAAUUCUGACAGCACUGGGACUACAUGAGUGUGUCCACACUCGUACUGUCUCUCUCUCUGGGGGCCAGUGUAAGAGGUUGGCUAUUGCCCUUGAGCUAGUAAACAACCCCCCAGUCAUGUUCUUUGAUGAGCCCACAAGUGGUUUGGAUAGUGCAUCCUGUUUCCAGGUAGUGUCUUUGAUGAAGUCUCUGGCACAAGGAGGGCGAACCAUCAUUUGCACUAUUCAUCAGCCCAGUGCCAAACUUUUCGAGAUGUUUGAUAAGCUGUAUAUUUUAAGCCAAGGCCAGUGCAUAUAUAAGGGAAGUGUCCCAUACCUCAUCCCUUAUUUGAGAGGACUGGGUUUUCACUGCCCAACAUACCACAAUCCUGCAGAUUUCAUCAUUGAGGUAGCAUCAGGAGAGUAUGGUGACUUGAACCCAGUGCUGUUUGAGGCUGUUCAGGGUGGCAUGUGUGCUUUGGAGGAAAAGUGCAACUGUAUCGACAAAACCACCGUAACCCCAUGCACUGCAAAAUGUGUCAAAGAUUCAGGACACAUUGAGAGCCAUACUUUUGCAACAAGCUCUCUGACUCAGUUCUGCAUUCUCUUUAAAAGAACAUUUAUUACAAUAUGCAGAGACCAGGUUUUGACACAUCUGCGGCUAAUGUCACACAUCUCAAUUGGAGUGUUGAUAGGCCUGCUGUAUCUCAAUAUUGGCAAUGAUGCCAGCAAAGUCUUCAACAACACCGGUUUCCUCUUCUUCUCAAUGCUCUUUCUCAUGUUUGGAGCGCUGAUGCCUACAGUUCUUACCUUUCCCUUAGAGAUGGCUGUGUUUCUGAGGGAACAUCUAAACUACUGGUACAGCCUGAAGGCUUACUAUCUGGCUAAGACAAUGGCUGACAUUCCAUUCCAGGUCCUUUGUCCCAUCAUGUACUGCAGUAUUGUGUAUUGGAUGACUGAACAGCCUCCAGAGGCAAGCCGCUACUUGCUGUUUUUGGCUUUGUCAAUCUGUACAGCUUUAGUAGCCCAGUCUCUUGGGCUUCUGGUCGGUGCUGCCUCCACAUCCCUUCAGGUGGCCACUUUUGUUGGUCCAGUUACAGCCAUUCCAGUCCUACUCUUCUCAGGCUUCUUUGUGAACUUUGACACCAUUCCUGAAUACUUACAGUGGAGUUCUUACGUGUCCUAUGUGCGGUAUGGAUUUGAGGGGGUGAUUUUGUCCAUUUAUGGGAUGAACCGAACCGAGCUUGAAUGUCCAGGAAGGGUUUGCAAGUUUCAAAGACCUGAAGAAGUUCUGCAGUUGCUGGAUGUAGAAGAUGCCAAGCUCUACAUGGACUUCAUCGUAUUGGGUAUUUUCUUCCUCAUCCUGCGACUCGCCACCUACUUGGUUCUUCGGUACAAAAUAAAAUCAGAGCGAUAAUAUUAAAGUCCUGGCCUUGCAUGGUCUUCAGCUCCUGUGGCCUGUUUUCAGGCUACUUUAUAAACCAUUUCCAAAGGUGUCAUUAUCUGCUCAGGAAGGUCAGAUUUACUUGUUGAUCAUUUUGGUGUUCUAGUUUUUGUUUUUCAUUUGGUUUAAAUAAAUCACAUUUCAUUGCCUGCCAAAUUGGCUUUAAAAUUUGGAGUAAAUAAUUUCAUGUUUUUCAGUGUUACUUUGAUGCAGUACCAGGUGUUGAAAACAUUUGGUGUCAUUUGGGCUGCUAUAUCCAAAUUUAACCAGUGAUACCAAAUUUAAAUAUGCAUGCAAAUGAUAAUUAACUUACUGUUAGUUGUGGCAAUUCUGGAAUUAAUUUAACUCUGGCUUUUAAGGAUUAGUUCACUUUGAAAUGAAAAU